AAGGAAAUAUUUGAGAAUUCGAACAAGCAGAAGUUCCUUCCGGACGAAGGAAAGAGGAAGCACGAAUUCGCUAACCUCUCCAAAACCCUAACAAGGGAGAGUCCUGUUUAGCCCUAACAAGGAGAAUCCUACGGCCAUUCGCCGACCACCACAGCUCCUGGUAAACACUCUCAAUCGUCGUCAUCGUGUAAGAAGCUUGGCUACUUCGUCUGUGAAUCCCUCACAAUUUAGUAAUGGCAGGUUCUUAACCCAUUUAAAUUUCAAAAAUCAUUUCCGACGCUCUUCAAUGGAACUCUGCACCUCUUAAAUCUCUUAGUCACCAACUCCUAUGUCUAUUAAAGCAGUGAUUGAUGAUGAUGAAAUUGUAUUUAAUAAUUUUUUGCUGGAUACAUGAUUAAAUACUUUGGUAUGCGGACAAGGGCUGUCAUACUUUCAAAUGAGCUUACGGUGAUUCGAUUUUUGUGUUACCAGCAGCGCUCAAGAACUACAGUGUUACCUAUCUUGGGCCUUGUAAUUAAUACCGGGGACAGGAUUUAGACAUACCAAUGGCAGCAACUGAAGACAAUAGAAUUAUCCUCGGAGUAGACGAUGAAGUGGAAGGAGAGCGCACAGGCUCGGAUGACUACUGCUUCAUUGGGAUCGGGGAAGCUGUCCCUAUCAAGCCUGGGGAUGAUGCUGAAUUUGAUCCCCAAAACCCUCCGUCUAAACCCCUGACCGUCUCUGAACGUUUUGGUCUCAUAUUUGUUUCUCAUUCCACUGGGUUUUGUGUUGCAAGGACCAAGGACAUUAUAGACUCAGCCAAUGAGAUCGCAGAGAGAGGGAAUGGUUCAUCAAUAAAAGAGUUGAGUGUUGUGGAUGUCCCAAUUGGGCAGGUGUACAUAUUAGCUUUAUCAGCUGACUCGUCCACUCUGGCUGCCUGUAUUGAUGGCAAAAUUCAUUUCUUCUCGGUCACCUCACUCCUAAAUAAGGACCAAAGUCCGUUUUUCUCUUGCUCACUUGACGACUCAAGUUGUGUAAAAGACAUGCAAUGGACUAAAAAGUUGGAAAAUUAUUAUGCUGUUCUUUCAAAUCAUGGGAAUCUCUAUUAUGGAGCUGGACAAGAUCCUCUUAAAAGUGUAAUGGAUGAUGUUGAUGCUUUUGAUUGGAGUUUGAAAGGAAAUUUGGUCGCUGUCGCACGAAAGAAUACUCUUAGCAUCAUGUCAUUAAAAUUGAAGGAAAAAGUAUGUAUAUCAUUGUCGUUCGACUCGUGGAUUGGUGAUUCCAAUUUGAAUUUUGCCGUAAAAGUUGAUUCUAUCAGGUGGGUACGUCCAGAUUCUAUAAUACUGGGAUGCUUUCAAUUAACUUCAGAUGGAAAGGAGGAAAAUUACCUGGUUCAAGUCAUCACAAGCAAAGAUGGAAAGUUCACGGAUACUUCUUCCAAGCCAAUUGUGCUAUCAUUCAGUGAUGUGUUUGAAGCUUUCGUUGAUGAUAUAGUGCCGUUUGGAAGUGGACCAUACAUGUCCUUGAGCUAUUUAAGUACAUGUGAGCUUGCCAUUACUGCUAACCGAAAGAGUACGGAUCAGCACAUUGUAUUGUUCGGUUGGUCACUGGAUGAUAGAAAGGAAGCUGCAGUUAUUGAUAUUGUGAGAGACACCCUGUGUCCAAAGAUUGCCCUUCAAGAAAAUGGUGACGAUAAUAUCGUCCUGGGCCUCUGCGUGGACAGGAUUUCUCAGAAUGAGAAAGUUGAAGUCCAGCUUGGAGCUGAAUAUAAGGAACUUUCACCUUUUUGCAUUCUUCUGUGUCUUUCUUUAGACGGAAAGCUUUUUAUGUACCAAGUUGCCAGUGUCACAGGACCUUCAGUUCCACCUGACAAAGUCUCUCUGCUUUCUGAUAAGGAAGAUGAUACUCCUACAUUGGUAUCUUCGGAAGAUGGAAAGCCUAGUACUUCUGGUGGUUUGGUUUCCAAAAGUGUGCAAGUGGGUUUGGGUUUUCAAUCUCAGGGAGUAGACAAGAAGGAACUUCUCAUGAAAGAAGGUAAUGGGAUUCCUGUGACAAAUGGGCCACUGCGUCCAGUGAAUUCAGAGAGACUUGAAACCCUCGGGCAGCAGAAGUUUCUUGUAACUAAGGUAGACCAAGAUACAGUUGGUCAACAAUCUCUGCUUUCUGCUCCGCAAGGUCCGUAUUUUGGACAUUUGUCUCCGAAGACUUCUUAUUUGGAGGAACCUGGACCUGCGGUUAUAGAUUUCAGCAAAGAAGAAACUAAAAAGCUUCCUGAAGGUGGAUCCAGUCCUGUUUCUUUUCCAGGAAAAUUUUCGUCUCAUGUGUCUAGCCAGUCCAUUUCCACAACUCUUCCCAGAGCUUUUGACUUAGAUAAGGAGUUAUCUGAAAAUCUUGAAUCAAAGGGUGCUCCAUCAAGUCCACCAUUGAAUGCAAAACAUACUUUUCCUGUAACCUCUGAUGGAGGGUUUUCAUUUGUUCCUCCUGGUUCUAUUCAGAGUAAUCGAUCUGACACCUCCAGAACAAAUUCGAGUAAUGCACAUUUUCCUGGAGUACCACAUGGAAACUUUUCCCAUCCAAAACAAGCUGCUAGCUCAUCAACGGUGUUCUCUUCUUCUGGAAAAACAUCCUAUAGUGGUGGACAGAGCGCAUCAAUUGGGCCGGUAAUUGCCCAUCCACGCCCCACCAUUCGUAGCUCAGUAUCGUCAUCCCAACAGAAUUUUGCACCGGUGAACUCUUCCAAAGAUAAAUUUCAGCCUAACAAAGAGAAUUACAGAGCUGCCUCCCCGACAAGGCUGCUGAAUACUGAGCCUCAGCUGUCAAAACAAUUUGGCAAUGUUGAUGAAAUGAUCAAAGAACUCGAAACCCUUUUGGAAUGUAUAGAAGGACCAGGUGGUUUCAGGGAUGCCUGCACUGUUCACUACGAAAGCUCCGUUUUAGAGCUUGAGGAAGGUAUAGAGACACUUUUCAACGGGUGCAGAGUGCGUAAGAGCAUAAUGGAUGAGCGGCUGGGGGAGAUCCAACUUAUUCUUGAUAACACUGUGCAAGUUUUAGCAAGGAAAAUUUAUACGGAAGGCAUUGUAAAGCAAGCUACUGAUGGGCAAUAUUUGGAUCUUUGGAAUCGCCAGAAGUUGAGUUCUGAACUAGAGCUGAAGCAGCAGCAUAUAUCAAAAGUAAAUCAGGAGCUGACUAACCAACUGAUUGAAUUGGAAAGGCAUUUGAAUACUCUCGAGCUUAAUAAAUUUGGUGAGAAUGAUGGCAUUCAAAUGAGUCAAAGAACUUUUCCUGGUAGAUAUGGGCCUUCGAGAAAUGUCCAGUCCUUGCAUAGUUUACAUAAUACAAUGACUUCACAAUUAGCUGCCGCAGAGCAACUUUCUGAAUGUCUCACAAAACAGAUGGCUGUGUUGAGUAUUGAGCCACCUUCUGCGAAAACACAAAAUGUGAGAAGAGACUUGUUUGAAGAAAUUGGGAUCCCUUACAACAGUGCCUCAUUUAGCUCUCCAGAUGGAAAAGUAGCUGGUGAUACCCACUCAAACAAAAGACUCUUAACUUCUUCAUGCUCUGAUGCUGGUAAAGGCCAGUCCAGGAGAAAUCAACCGAGUGGUACGAGGGGUUCUGAAUCAGAGACCGCAAGGAGGAGGCGUGAUUCCCUCGACCGGAGCUGGGCUAGUUUUGAACCUCCAAAAACAACUGUAAAAAGAGUUCUCUUGCAUGAAGACCGUGCCAAGGCAAGCGCAGAUAGAUCCGCCUUGUUGGAUAAGAAACAUGUCAAGUCCCACAUGCUGGAAGGAUCAGCAGUUGCUCGUGCAGAGCUCUAUACCACCACCUCAACUCUCUUUUAUCCUUCUGAGGGAGAAGGAAUUCAAGGUAGACCAGCAAAACAAGCCUCCGUGUUCUCAUCGCAUUCUGCACCCAUAUCCUCAAUUAUUGCCAGACAAAAUAAUGUAAGGGGGAGUUUCAAUCCAACUGCCAACCUAUCAAGCAAUGGGGUAACUCUUAUUGAGAAGCCUGCCCUUGUUGUCAACAAUUCCGAGAGGUCCCAGGUGGAACUACAUCAAACACCAUCAGUUUCCAAGAGGUUUCAUGGGCAGACACUUUCCUUGCAGAAGAAACCCAGUGAAAUGUCAGAUCCAAAUGAAGACACCUAUCUUGUGAGGUCUACAUUUGAGAAUGCGAACCAUCAUCCUAGCAUCACCAAAAGCUCCUUUAUGAAAUCUGGGAAAGGUCUUGAAUCACCAUUUCAUUAUUCAUCAGUUUUUGAUCCAGCUCCCAACUUGAAUGCAGAAGUUUUCCAGUCUGAUACUGCAGCAAGUAAAAGCCAUUCUGGUAGCUUAACAUCAUCAUCUCCUAUGCUUUCAACUUCCAGUAGUCGAUCAUCUGCACCGGUCCUUUCAUCAUUACUGCUUCCAUCUUCUUUACCAUAUCCAACUGAAAAAACCUCCAUCUCAAUAGGAAGAUCGUCUACUAGUUCCAAAACCGGUACAAAUGGUAGUCAGACUGCCUUGCUUUCCCAAUCAUCGAGCUCUUCCUCUUCAUUUCUUUCUUCUGUCUCCUCUUAUCAGGUUCCUGAAAAAGCAGUGCCCUCAGCUAUCCCCAUUGCUUCUAUGAACUUUGAAACUGAGUCUCCCAAGAGAGAGCAACAGCAUCCUAUACCUAAGCUUACUUCCACAACCGGAGAGAGUUCUACAGUUCAAAGUUCAUUUCCAGAGAAUGAGCCUGGAUUUACUUUGAAGCUCGAGUCUUCAUUGCCAGUCAGGCCCGGAGGUGAACCUUCAGCUAAUUUGCAAUCUGUGAGUAAGCCGAGUUUUGAUGGCAUGGCAAAUCAUACAAUGAAUGCAGCACUGAAUUCUAAACGAGGACCGUCAUUUGCAACAGACGUGUCUGCAGCACUUCUAUCAAUGUCUGGGAGUGCCAGUGGUGGAAAAAGUGAAAGUGCAAAUGUCGCGGUCACCCAGGAGGAUGAGAUGGAUGAGGAAGCUCCUGAGACAAGUCAGACGAAUGAACUCACUUUAGGAAGCCUUGGUAGUUUUGGGAUUGGUUCAUCCCCAAAUCCCACUCCUGGCAAGCCAAAUCCAUUUGGCGGGGCAUUUGGUAGUGUGGUGUCAACCCCAGCUAGCUCGCCAUUUAGUAUGACUGUUCCUACAGGAGAGCUGUUUCGACCUGCAUCCUUCAGCUUUCAAUCUCCACAACCUUUCCAACCAUCCCAGUUGACAAACUUUGGUGCGCUCUCCGGUGGGUUGAGUAUGGGAACCACUCCUCAGAUCUCUGCUGCAGGAAGUGGAUUUGGGCAGCCCGCACAGCCUGGAUCAGGGCAGCAAGCUUUAGGGUCAGUUCUUGGUGCAUUUGGACAGUCAAGACAGCUUGGCGGUGUUGGACCUGGUACAAGUCCCUCUUCCGCAAAUGGUUUCAGUGGUGGUUUGAUCAGCUCUCCUUCCACUGGUGGCUUUGCUUCUUCAACUGGUGGUGGGUUUGCUGGUGUUGCGUCACCUGGAGGUGGAUUUGCUGCCGCUGCCUCAGCCGGUGGUGGAUUUGCUGCUGCUGCCUCAGCUGGUGGUGGGUUCAGCGGCGGCGGGUUCGGUGGCAUUACUGCAGCUGGAGGGGGAUUUGCUGCCCCUGCAUCAGCUGGUGGUGGUUUUGCAGGAGCUGCUUCUGGCAGUGGAUUCCCCAGUUCAGGUGGUGGAUUUGGAGCCUUCAACAGCCAGCAAGGAAGUGGUGGCUUCUCUGGAUUUGGUAGCAGUGCAGGAGGGACUGGAAGACCCCCAUCUCCACUUUUCACACAGAUGAGAAAAUAGUCGCCGGAGUCCAAACCAAAAGCUGAGAUAAGAGAUGCUGCUAUUAGGAGCUGGAGCCUCCUUUUGAACCAGGAUGUGAAACCAAACUCUUCACGUUUUGCGUUGAAGACCCCAGAAUUGCAUGUUAGCAUUUGGUAAGCAGACUUCAAAUCACUAUAUUGUCUUAUUUUACCAUCUGUAUUUGAGGGUCAAGAUGACCCGGUUCACAUCUUCAGUUCUCUCUUGUAACAAAUGUUGUUCCAACCAUGUAUAAAUGGUGAUGGAUUCCUCAAUCUUCUAUGAAGGAACUCGAGAUUAAAGGCUGAAAUUGUCUUGAACACAUGAUGGACUCCUCCAAAACAGUGGGUGACUGAUUCAUUGUUUGAAGCUGUAAAAGAGCAGCAAAAUUAGUGUAGUUCAUGGUUUACGGCUUUCUUGCAGAGUUAUUGUUGAGUUUGUUCUCUUUUAUUUUCCUACGGUAAGGUUCAACAUAUCCUUUCUCCCAUGUAAAUGCAGAGUUAUUAUUCUAAUGAGUGUGUUCUCUUUUAUUUUCCUUAA